AUGUCUCAAGACAUACAAACUCAGAACUCAUAUAGUGAUGAAUUAUAUUCUUCACAAAUUUAUUCCACACAACAACCACAACAACCACAACAACAACCACAACAACAACAAUCAACCUUUUCAUCACAACAAAGUCAAAGUUCAUCAUAUGAUUUCAUAUAUUCUACACCACAAAUUCAUUCUCAAAAUUCUCAAAAUUCUCAAUUCUCCCAAAAUCCAUUAUAUGAUGAUUUUAUCCAUUCUACACAAAACUCAUAUUCACAAAGAGUAUCCUCACAAAGAUCAUAUUCACAAAAAUCUUCCUCUUCACAGAUUUCAUUUUCACAAAUCCCAUCCUCACAAAUUCAAUCUUCACAAAUUCCAUCUUCACAAAUUCACUCUUCACAAAUUCCAUCUUCACAAAAUCAAUCUUCACAAAAGUCACAAUUCUCAUUUUCACAAAUUCCUUCUUCUCAAAUUCCUUCUUCUCAAAAACGUUUCUUUCAAUCUCAAAAUGAUGAUUUCGUUCCCUCUUCGCAAGUAACAUCUUUACAGGAUAUAUGUUUACCUCAACCAAUACAACAACAACAACAACAACAACAACAACAACAACAACAACAACAACAACAACAACAACAACAACAACAACAACAACAACAACAACAACAACAACAAUGUCAACCACAACAACAACAAACACAACAACAACAACAACAACAACAACAACAACAACAACAACAACAACAACAACAACAACAACAACAACAACAACAACAAACACAACAACAACAACAACAACCACAAGAAGAUGAUGAUGACUAUGAUGAUUAUGAUGGUUAUGAUAAUUAUGAAGAUUUCGUAUAUAAUGAAGGAGAAGAAGGAGAAGAAGAUUAUGAAGAUUAUGAACAAGAAAAUGAUGACGAUGAUGAUGAGGAUGAGGAUGAUGAUGAUGAUGAUGACGAUGAUGAUGAUGAUGAGGAGGAGGAGGAAGAAAGUCAACAACAACAUAUAAGAUCACGUGCAUUACAAUCAAGAUCAUCACAAUCCAGACCUUUAUUGAGAUCAGGUUUUAAAUCACCAAUUUCAAGACUAUCCCAAACAAAAACAUCACCUGAAUAUAUUUAUAUUUCAUCUCAAUCAAAUACCCAUACAAAUCAAUUAGGUCAAUCAUCACAACAAACAAACUCUCCAAAUGUACAUUUCAAUUCAUUACAACAAAAAAAAAAACAACAACAACAACAACAACAACAACAACAACAACAACAACAACAACAACAACAACAACAACAACAACAACAACAACAACAAUCUCAACAAAUAAUAGGAUCACAAUCAUCACAAUCAUCACAACUUCCACCAACACAACCACCAGUUGAGGUUCCAGUUAAUUUAGGAAGGCUAAUACCAAUUAAUGCAUCACAUAUUCCAAUUAAUCUUAAUCUUAAACGAGAAGAUAGAAUUGUAGUUGGAAGAAGUAGUUCAUGUGAUGCAAGAUUAAUUGAUAAUUAUUUAACAAUUAGUGGUAAACAUUGCGAAAUCUAUAGAGCUGACAAUUUAACUUGUUUAAAGCAUAUACCAUUGUGUAAGGAUAAAACAGAUUGUCAUAAAAACUUUGGCAUGCUUAUUGUUCAUGAUAUAAGCUCUAAUGGUUCAUAUAUCAAUGGCGAAUUAAUUGGUAAUGGUAAGACUAGAAUACUUAGAUCAGAUGACAUUUUGUCUCUUGGCCAUCCAAGUGGUGAUUUAAAAUUCAUUUUUGAAAGUGAAUUUCAAUUCAACUUUAUUUUGGAUAUAAAGGAUAACGUCAAUAAUCUCAAUGAAAAUCUGGAUUAUAAAAAACUAAGGACUGCCUAUGAUAAUGCAAGAAUUGAAAAUAAAAAUUGUGCAUUAAGAGAUUAUUACUUUGUAAAAGAAAUAGGAUCUGGUGGUUAUGGUAUCGUUUAUGAAGGCCUAUACAAAUUAAAUGGUAAAAGAGUUGCUAUCAAACAUAUUGACCUUCUAAAGAAUGGCUCUACCAGUAAAUCUAUGGAAUUGGUUUCAAAAGAAUACAAUGCCCUCAAGAAUAUAAAACAUAGAAAUGUUAUUGAAUUUUUUGAUAUUGUUUUUUCAAGUACCGAUUGCUUUUUUAUUGUUGAACUAGCAACUAAUGAUUUAUCAAAUUUACUUAGAAAAAGAUGUGUUGAUGAAGAUGAUAUAAAAAGAAUAUGUAAACAAUUAUUACUAGGUUUUAACUAUCUUCAUAAUUUAGGCAUUGUUCAUAGAGAUUUAAAACCAGAGAAUAUUUUAUAUAAUGAAUUUAAACAAGGAUUUUCAAUCAAAAUUACAGAUUUUGGUUUAUCUUCUUUCGUUGAAGAAUCUCAAUAUCUUCAAACUUUUUGUGGUACACCACUUUUCUUUGCACCUGAAGUAAUUGCAAACAAUUUCUUUUCAAAUGGUUAUGGUAAAUCUUGUGAUUUAUGGUCAAUCGGUGUAACUUUAUAUUUAUCAUUAUGUAAAUAUAAACCAUUUAUUGUUGAUUGCAGAGAUUUAUACCAUUCAUUUAUAAAUGGUAACCUUGGCUUCACAUCAAAGAAAUGGGCAAAAAUUUCAAACUAUGCUAAAGAUUUAGUGAGAAGAUUAUUAGUGAUUGACCCAGAACAUAGAAUAACAAUCAAAGAAGCUUUGAAUCAUCCAUGGUUUACACAAGAUCGUCGUUUUUUUAAAAAAUAUCCAAAACACUACAAAAGCAGAGCACAACCAAAAACUCAAUUCUUUGUUGAAUGUUUCAAUGUAUAUUAUGAUCUUAAAAGUGAAACUGGAUUCAUCUGUUUUAGAGAACACUUUGAUAACUUAGAAACCAAUUAUGCUUUGUUCAAACAAAAUUUCGAUAAUAAUAAUAAUAAUAAUAAUAAUAAUAAUAAUAAUAAUAAUAAUAAUAAUAAUAAUAAUAAUAAUAAUAAUAAUAUUAAUAAUAAUAAUAAUAAUAUUAAUAAUAAUAAUAUUAAUAACAACAAUAACAAUAAUAAUAAUAAUAAUAAUAAUACUAAUACUAAUAAUAUUAAUAAUAAUAAUAAUAAUUAUAAUAAUAGUCAUAAUCAUAAUAAUAAUAAUCAUAAUCAUAAUCAUAAUCUUAAUAAUCAUAAUCAUAAUAAUAAUCAUCAUCAUAAUCAUAAUCAUAAUCAUAAUCAUAAUCAUAAUCAUAAUCAUAAUCAUAAUCAUAAUCAUAAUCAUAAUCAUAAUCAUAAUAAUCAUAAUAAUAAUAAUAAUAAUAAUAAUAAUAAUAAUAAUAAUAAUAAUAAUAAUAAUAAUAAUAAUAAUAAUAAUAAUAAUAAUAAUAAUAAUAAUAAUAAUAAUAAUAAUAAUAAUAAUAAUUACUAUAAUAAUAAUAUUAAUAAUAUUAAUAAUAAUAUUAAUAAUAAUAUUAAUAAUAAUAAUAAUUAUCACCAACAAUAUACUCAACAUACUACUAUGUAA